GUCAGUCCGGGAACGGAAAGAAGCCAGUUUCUUCCAUUAAAUCAAAUCUCAGAUUCAUCGAUUCGAUUUAAUUUUAAUUAUAAUCAUAAGUCUACUCUGUCUCCAUGGUGUGGAUUAAUCAUCCAAUAAAUUCAUAUUUAUUUCAUUAAAUGUAAUACCUACCGGAACUCGUGCCUACGAUAAAAUAAUUUGCCUUCCAGUUUCCUGUGCUUUUUCUGUCUAAACAAGCAACAUAAAAAUGCACGGUCGAGUGAAGGUCAGAACGUCUGAAGAAGAAAAAGCAAGGAAAGAAAAAGAAAGGCAUGAGAAGCUUAAAAUAUUUAAACAUGCUAUGCAUAGCAUACAGACUAAGAGGAAUCAAGGCGAGUUGGACAAAGAGUUGUUGGAAAUUACAGGGAAAGUCUUAUCAUCAAAUCCAGACAUCUAUACAUUAUGGAACAUAAGAAGAGAAAUUUUAAUUGUUUUCAGGAAAAAUGUGGAAUCAGAUGAAGAUAUCUCAAAACUUUAUGACGAUGAGUUGUAUUUAACUGAACAUUGUCUUAAAAUUAACCCCAAAUCAUACUGUGCUUGGCACCAAAGGGAGUGGGUUUUGGCCAUUCGUCCUGAUCCUGAUUGGAAAAAGGAAGUAACAUUGUGUAACACUUAUUUAAAAUUGGAUGAGAGGAAUUUUCACACAUGGGACUAUAGGAGAUUUGUAAUUAGCAAAUGUAAACCAUCAUUGAAUGAAGAGUUUGUUUUUACAACUGAAAAGUUGUUUGAUAACUUCUCAAACUAUUCAGCUUGGCAUUACAGGAGCAAAAUGUUGGUUGCCCUUUAUCCUGAUUUAGAAGGAGGGAGACCUAUAGAUGAUCAGCAUCACAAACAUGAACUGAAGAUGGUGGAAAGUGCAGCAUUUACAGAUCCUGAUGACACCAGUGCAUGGUUUUAUCAGAGAUGGCUUUUAGGUGCAGUAAAAACGACUGUUGAACCUGUUGUGUGUACUGUAACACCUAUAAAAACCACUGUUGCUUUCAACAAACAUGUUUCAAAAAAUUUUAUUGCACAGAAUAUUAGCCUAGUAAUAAAUGAUGUAUUAGUACCAGGUGAAUGGAUUUCAUGUUCAGGAAACGAAUAUGACUUGCUGUGGUUAUUUAAACAUAAUGAAACUGUUGUAGAUAAUUUGGAUGUUAAGAUUUUAUACUUGACGGAGAGCAAUGAAAAAGAGACUAUAUAUUGUAAUAAAUACAAGCAGUGCUCAUACAUUGGGAAAAAUAAGAUUGAUUUCCAGCUAAAAUAUUCUGAACCCGUUAUUGAAGAACUGAAUAAGCAAUUGGACUCUUGUCGUCAGUUAUUAGCGUUGGAGCCAGAUAGUAAAUGGACUAUGCUGACUACGACUUUCCUUCUUCAUUGUUUAGAUGCAAAGCAACAUUACAAAGAAGUUCUAGAGAAACUAGAAACACUUAAAAAAAUUGAUGUAAUGCGUGCAGGCUAUUAUAGUGAUUUGAAAACAAAAUGGAGCAUAGAGGAACAGAUAGCGGAUGAUUAUCAAAAUGAUAGAGAUAGUCUUGUAAUAAGGUUUAAUGAAAAAAUAACAUACUUGCCGCAUUUGCAGUAUUACAAUUUUUGCGAAACUGUUGACUUCUCCAACCAGAACUUAACAAGUAACAUGCUACACUCCUUAGUUAUGCUACAACAUUGUAAGAAUUUGAAUCUGGAGAACAAUAAACUGACAACUUUGCAAGACUUUCCAUUAUUGGAUUUAGAUGUAUUAAACGUACAAGGAAACCAUUUACAGGAAGAGGAAGUCAGGAAGUUAAAGGAAAAGUGUAACUAUAAAAUUAAAUUUUAGGAUAUUAUGCUUUCUAUUAUGAAAUAAUAUAACAUAUUCAUUCAGUGGCCGAGUUUAAGUUAUUUUUGUAUAACUAUACUAAUUUAUGUAAAAUAAUAUCGAUAUCUGCCAAUUUUAUAUUAUUCUCAAUAUAAUUUAUUUUUGUAUUAUGUUAAUAAACAUAUAAAUUAUUUAAAACCAUGAUUACAACAUGUAAUUACAGGCAGAUAUUAUCGUACCAAAUAUCGCUUUUUUAAAUUUAUAUUGUUAUUUGUCCCUAACUACACCAACCAGAGUUACUCAAACUUUCUAUGGGACUAUUUGUUCGCAGUAAUCCACAGACCACCAUGAGUAAUCGUAACAGAGUAAUUAAAUAAUUUGAAAAAAAAAAA